GCCAAAAACAAAAAGAUUUCAGCACGUGUAUCCACUGUAUCCAGUGAGUUAUGAAUGUUUAAUUGUGAAUCGGACUUUCUCGAUAUGGAGUUUUGGAAUUCAAGAAAUAUUUUUGCUCCCCCUACUUACACCUAUGAGGCGAACGCGGAUGAUAUAGACAUUGGUCAUUUGAAGUCAAUUCUUCAAGAUGGAAUAAAAUUCUACAACGAUCAGAAUCUUUUGAAUAUGGAGACUGCUCUGCUGUCUAGAAUUGUCUAUAGAAUGAAAACAAAAUUCCGAAAUUCAAAAGACUUCCACACGUUCGAAAAGGUCAAAAGAAGUCUAACCAUAUAUGAAGAAAUGGACAUAUCCAAAAAAUUAGAGUAUUUUUUAUCAAUUUUACCAAGUUAUGAUUACCAUCAAGUGGUAGUUUCUCUACCAACGAAAAACAUGAUUGACUAUAUCUUAGUUCAACUUCAAGGAAUUGGUCAAAUAUUAACUAAAGCUAUUGACACCUGUAAACUCACCGUCAUAAUUUACGAACAUCGUUUGUACUUGGGUCAUUUUUGGCAGUUGGCGAUUAUUGCUAUAUCAAUAGUUUCACGAAUUCAUGUAUUAUGUCUGAACAUGGUAAAAUACACAUGCAUCCUCUAUGCAAGACUCCUCCCUUUUUCUCAUAAACUGAAGAAUGUCACAACCAAUUGGUUACCAAAGGAAUAUACUUUUCCAAAAGAUUUAAAAAGUUGGCUGAAUGUUGAAUGGUCUAAGUUGGAAGAGGUGAUUGAAGUUCCUGACGAUGAAUUUAAUAUGAGCUUCAUUGAUAUAGCUGGAGACUCUGAUGAUGAUGAUGUAGAAUAUAUAGAGCUUUCUGAUGUUUCCGACAUACUUGAAGAUUUUAAAAAGAUUCGCAAAACACUAGGAGUGAAAGAAAAUAUUCAUCAAACCCUCAGUCUUAAACAUUCAUUUACAUCAAAUGAGAUUGACUUAGGCGAAGAAAUACGUUUGUCUGAAGAAGACGAAGUUUGUGAAGCCGUAAUGGAAGCAAAUGAUGAGACAUCUGAUCAUAAGAAAGGAGAUGUAUCUGAUGGUACUGCUGAAAAUGAAAAUGGCAAAAAAUAUAUUUCUUCAGAAGAUGAACCCGUUCCGACGUCAGGAAUCCCCAAACAAAACAUUGAGGACAUCGAUAUUGGCGAAGUAAUUUCAUCAGAUGAUGAAAUUGUUGAUAAUCAAUCAGUGGAUCCCACUCCGUUGUCUAAAGAAAAGAAGACGAAAAAGAAUAAAAAGAAGGGAAGUUCUUACGCUAUGGUUAUUUCAUCCUCUGAAGAUGAAGACAGUGUGCAGUUUGUAGCAGAAAGUCUUGAAACAAAGAAGCCUUUUGCGACAACUGAUUUUAUUCCUCUCGGAGCUUCUACACCAUUUGUAGGAAAAAAAAAGAACAAGAAAUUGAAGAAGGGUGUGGUAGAAGGCAGGAUUGGAGUGUCGAAACAUAGGUCAAAUACACGCCCUGAAGCUCCAUUGGUGGAAAUCUCUGCAUCAAGCUCUUGAAGUUGAGUUGAGUUCCCAUCAAUUUCUGGUAGUAUAAGAACAUUACAUUAUCAAUGUUCAAAGUUGAAUAUACCUCGAAUUCUUCGUGCAGUCUAUUAAUUUUUUCCCUAUUAAUGAGAGGUAAAAUAGGUAGCCAAAUUUUUUCAUCAUCAGUCCUCAGUUGACCAUUCCAGGAAACGUGGUUUUUUACUGGAACUUGUACAUUAUUUUGUUCGCUUUCUUGUUCCGUUGCGGCAGCAAAUUGAUUGUCCUCUAUAGGUUUUGGAACUAAUUGUAAAAUUCGACUAGCGCGUGAGCUCAUUAUGAAGAGAAUUCAUAACUAUAUAAUCGUCCGGGAAAAACAAUCACAAUUCCGAGACACCUACGAAUUUGUCCGUGGAAAAAAGUAACAAAACGAAAUCACCUGCACUCAGUCUGAAAGCGUGGACAGUACUGAGUUGUUCCUUCCUUCCCUGGACUAUUAGCAUUUUCCCCAACCAUAGAAUAAAGAAACAGCGCUUUGUAUGUGGCGAAGGGGCCAACUAGAAAAGGGUUACUUCCUGAGCUCUAUUUACGAGAAUCGUACAUGUUUGUCUACAAGAUCACCAAUAAUCUCUUGAAGAACGGCCUAACAGUGGAGAGCAACAUCAUCCAUCAAUAUAAUACAAGAAAUAGAGACAGAUUCAAGCUGGAUAAAAACACAAAAACAAACUAUGGUAGAAGAAGACCUAGCUAUGCCGCUGUAGAACUUUAUAACAAAUUGCCCCUUGCCAUCAGAUCUUCCAAAUCGCUGGGGACAUUUCGAACUGGUAUACGAGAACAUUUAGUUUUGUGAUUUUAUUGUUAAUAUUCAAUAUUUCUAACUUGUAAUAAGGAAUUUAUGUAGCAAAUGAAUUUAUACCUUGUUAAUAUUUCUGUGAGAACAACUGUAUAUUGAUUAACAGAAUAAACUUCAUUAUUAUUAUUAUUGUGUAGAAGGAUAAAAAAAAUAAACGUUAUACAUAAA